GGGGCACUGUACUCACAACAUUGAAAACAAAAAUGACGCGCUGACAAAAAUAUGUUGUGCAGUCAGAGAUCAUUAGUCAUCUAUUUAUUUUUCUGCAGUUCUCACCAUCAUAUAAAUAGUUAGACUAAAUUUAAUUGUGAAGCAUGUCAGAAACCAUCACACUCACAGAUGCUGAAAUCAGCACAUUGGAAGGAACUCCACGUUCUGGACCAACUCCAGUACACAGCCACCAUAUGGACGACACAGACACGCUCAUAUUCAAAGACUGUAAGAAGGGCCUAGGUGUUAAGAUAAUCGGUGGUAGAAGUGAGGAUGGUGGUAUGGAUUAUGGGAUAUUCGUGAAGAGGGUAUUAAACGGAGGUCUUGCAGCCAAGGGAGGUCAAUUAUUUGAAGGCGAUCAGAUAUUGAGCGUUAAUGGAGAGAGUCUUCUACGAGUCACCAAUGAAAGAGCGGUUCAAAUACUAAGAAGUGCUUCAGCGACGAACCGAGUGACAUUAGUUAUCACAAGAAAUCCGUCAGCAAAGAAGGAUUUCUCGAUGCUUUGCGAAUCACAGAUGCAGUACUCUCGGUCAGCGAGCAGCAGCUCCUUGUCCGAUACGCGAUCUGUCUCGUCCUUAGGCAGCUCCGCAAACUACGCCUCAGGUUCUCCAAGAAGCAUAGCAUCAUCAUCGUCGAUGACCAGUAGUAGAAUAACUGCCCAAAGAAUGGAGAAUGUGCAGCAAAUUACAAUUCCAAAGAUUGCUGGCUUGGGUCUAAGUAUUGGAGGCGGGGUUGACCAGUCUGAUGGACCAAUCAUUUACAUUGAUCACAUCAUUGUGGGUGGAGACUGUCAUAAGGAUGGUAGGCUUAGAGUCGGUGACCAGCUAGUUGCUAUGGAUGGUCAGACUUUGAUUGGUCUCAAGCAGGACGAGGUCAAAGCCCUGAUGACCAGGAUUAAAUUAAGGACUGAGAAACCAUCAACAACAGUACAUUUCAUACGGUCCUCUUUGCAGAAUACUUCAUCCCAAAGUCCUAUGCCUAGCACCCAGCCUACAAAUCCAUCCUCAAAUUACACCCCCUCAUCCCACCUUGACACCCCUCAUUCUUAUAAUCAAUCAAACCACUCUAGUCCACACAGCAGACUUGGAUAUAAUUCCUCUCCAAAUUAUCUCCACCCCUCUGAGCUGGUGGCACAGAUGCAAGCAUCACAGGUCAAUCACAUGACCCCUAGUCCACAUCUCGCAUCAGUACAAAGGUCACCGUCACAGACCAAUCCUGCCCCACGUAUAAACUCACCACAUCUACAAAAGCAGGUGCGCAACUCCCCUAUCCAGCAAGUGUCUUCACCCAGUACAAAUAUGCAGAGCUAUCAGCUUGGUUCAGCAAAUGGACCAAUCCAUUAUGCAAAUGGGGAUGUUCCACAUCAAACCCCUUUGUCAGCCUUACCCUCUCAUAUACAAGGGCUUCAUGCUCAACCUAAGAUGUCUUCAACACCUCAGGCAGAUCAUGCCAAUACAACAUCACCAGGUGCAUCAUUACAACUACCUCAGAUCACCUCAACAGGUGACCCUUCCCCAGUGAUGCAACAUGGGCCACCUCACCUUGGGAUGACAACAUUAUCCAGUCAGCAAAACUCACAGUCAACCAGCGGACUCGGUUCAAGUUCCAGCCGUAUGUCACGUAACCGAAGACUCUCUCUUGACCCACAAGUCCGCCUGCGAAUAGACAAACUAGAAGUGGCUCUCCAGUACUUGGGUCUGCAACCAGAUGAAGCGUUGAAGAUGGAAUUGAGGCGGCGUCUUACCAUUGAUGAAAAUGGAAUGGUUCCGUAUGGAGAUUUUGUUCGAACUGCAAGAGAAGUGCUGCGUUUCCAGUUGGAUGAUCAUGGAAUAUCCGCAACUUCAUUGAUGUUUGCGGCCCAUGAUGUCACAGAUUUUGCGGAGCCGCCACCAUUUAUCCCACAGGUACCACAAGUGUUAUCGCCUGUUUAUGAAAACACGGAACAACUAAAGCAAGAAAGAGAUGAAGCACUUCUGGAGGUGGAGAGACUCAAGGGGUUGCUAAAUGAGAAGGAGUCAACCUGUAAUAUUGCCGAAGAAGAAUUGUUGCGCAUAAGAAGAGAGGCCCAAGGAGCGAUUCAUGAGAGCCGGGCUCUUAAGAGCAGAGUUCACCUUGCCGAAGCCGCACAGAAAGAAGCUCGCAAUAUGGAGAUUGAUUACGAAGAAGUUGUAGGCCUACUGGAGAAAGAGAUAGCCGACCUGAGGAGGGAAUUGAAGCAGAACAAGGCAUCGCCAACACCCGCAACUAAGCAGGACGCAAGCUCUGGGAACCUUCAACGAAAGUUGGCAAUUUUGUCGUGUGAACUUAGGAAAUGUCAGGUGGGCAAGAAAGUGUAUGAGGUAUCAACGAAUAAACUGCUGAAAUUUUCUGAGUUAGUGCAUGAGACAUUGAUGGACCAGCAUAAUGGACCAGGUGCAAGGAGUCGAGGUGAGGCAGCUAGGAGAGGUGAAAAUGGCUACUACCCUCCAGGUUACUUGGCACAACAUGGACGCAAUGGUCCCAUCAACCUGGCCGCUGAGGCCCGCGAUACUGUCAAAGCGGUAAAAUCCCUCAUGGAAUCAGAACCACUGCCGUAUGGAUGGGAAGAAGCGUAUACAGCUGAUGGAAUGAAGUAUUACCUCAAUCACCAGAACCAAAUGUCCACAUGGUCACAUCCCGUGUCCAACAUCGCACAAUUACAGCAACCUAGGUUAGAAGAGGUUGAUGACCUGCAAGAAUCAAGAACAUGAGGCUGGAUGCAACAAUAAAUUAAUCAUGAGCAACUAUUUAAAUAAUUAAUUGAUGUGGAUUGUAUAUGCAGUACAUAUUUUUAAGUGUGUGGCUAUUGUUACACCAGUCAUAAACCAGGUCUUAAUUCUGAUUGGAUGUUAUUGUUCUCAUCCAAUCCAUAUAUGUUGCUGGAUGCAACAACAAAUUAAUCAUGAGCGACCGUUUAAAUAAUUAAUUGAUAUGAAUUGUAUUUACAAUACUUAUUUUUAAGUCAGUGGCUAUUGUUACACCAGUCAUACCAGUUUGUAAUUCUGAUUGAAUGUUAUUGUUCUAAUCCAAUCCAUACAUAAAAUAACAUCCAAUCAGAAUGAUUAUAAUGUAGCACUUACAGAUUCAUUUUUUUCAUUAAUUACUUUUAAUAAAAACAAAAUUAAUGCAUUAAUUAAUAAAGAAUAUAUUCAUUAUUCUCAUUGAUUAAUUGUACUUUUUUCAUGAAUUAUAUUUAUUAUUAAAUCUUUUUAGGGAGAGGUUUUAUCAGAUUUUUUAUGUGAUUGGUUGAAACAUUCAAUAUUUCUGGGUUCAUUUUUUAAAAACUCAUUUGUGUAACUUUCAAUUUCGAUUUAUAAUUUUCUAUUAUUAUAGUUUUACAAUUUCUAAUUUAAUUAUCAGGUACUUUCAAUGAACAGGUGGUUUUGCUUUUGUUCGUUCAAUUUUAAAUUUCCUGUAUUAAAUAUUUCAUUGAAAUUUGUGUGAUGACACAAUUUAAUGCCCAAUUUCACUUAAUAUUAAUUUUUGUUACUCUAAUUUACGUUAUGGUUUUAAUUUUGAGUUUAUUACAGUGUACCUAAUUAAAGACAAAUUCUGACAUAUUUUAUUGCCCUAUUUCACUUGUUAUUAAUUUUGUUACUCUAAUUUAUAUGUUAUCUUUUUUUUAAUUUAAUUACAGUGUACCUAAUUUCCAACAUUUAAUUUGCAGUGCUAUUUAAUAAAAAGAAAUCUUCCGUCCUCAAUUGCUCAUCAAAUAAUUAUUACCCAUUCUGUCUGAUAGCUGAGAUAUAAAGAUCUUUUGUAGAAAUUAGACUUACAUUUAGGUUAUUUCACCAUAUAAAAAAUAUUAAUAUUAUUUAUGAUAUAGAUAAUAAUGAAUGAUAUCACUCGAACUAUAGCACAAGCAUCUGAAUAAGGAAAGCGUUCUCUAUACAAUAGACUCCGCCCUCUAUAGUUAAGCAUCUUUAGGACGCACAGUUUUGUUUGAGCGUUAUGUACAGUAUUAUAAAUUGGACAGGCUUGUAUUAGAUUGUUACCUUGAUUGUACAUAUUAUAUAGUAAUCUACAUUCCAAAUAUAUUUGAUGAUGGCCAUUAAAUUCUAUUCCUUGGUAAAA